AAACUUAACUGUAACCACCAAUAAAAUCAAAAUGUUGAAAAUCGCGGUAGCGCUUGAAAUGUAAACGGUUAUGAAAAGUUUGAAGUAUUUAUACUUUUUCAAAAACAGAAUUUAAUUCAGAAUUAGUGUUCUUAUCUUUUAAAAUCAUUUCCCAGUGGAUAUUAUUUUUGAAAACCUUAGAUUAGGUUCAGAUAUGGAAGAUUACAUAAGAAUAGAAAAAAUUGGAGAAGGGACCUAUGGUGUUGUUUAUAAAGGAAAGAACAAAAAGACUGGUAGAAUAGUUGCUUUGAAAAAGAUAAGAAUAGAAAAAGAAGAUGAGGGUGUCCCUUCAACUGCUAUUCGAGAGAUAUCUAUGUUGAAAGAGUUGCAACAUCCUAAUAUUGUGGGUUUAUUGGAUGUACUUAUGCAAGAAAGCAGACUCUAUUUAGUUUUUGAAUUCUUGUCCAUGGAUUUGAAGAAAUACCUUGAUAGCAUUCCAAAUGGGCAGUUCAUGGAAAAGCCUUUGGUUAAGGACUUUGGGAACCCCAACUGAUGAUGUCUGGCCUGGUGUGACAGAAAUGCCAGAUUACAAAACGUCCUUCCCUAACUGGAAAAACAAUACUUUGCACAAUCUAUCAACCCGGUUAGGAACAGCGGGACAAAGUUUACUUAGAGAAAUGUUGAUUUACAAUCCUGGAAAACGAAUAUCGGCACUGGCAGCUUUGGAUCAUGAAUAUUUCGACGAUUUCGAUAAAUCAUGUCUUCCAUCUUGUAACGUUUCAGUUUAGGAUUUCUAUAUUUUUCAUUUAUAAAAUUCAUUGUGCACAUGUGAAUUGCUUGUAUAUUUUUUUACUCUGAGGAUAUGUAAUCUUUUAUGUGGAACUUUUUUUAAACAAGUAUUGUAUACAUAUAUGUUUUUAUUUUAGGUAACAAUAAAUAUUUUUGUAUAUCAG